AUGAUUUUCAAACAAGAACAAAAAUUAAAAGAUGCUUUGAAAAAUAUCGAAUUCUUUAUCAGAUUUGUUGAAUCAAAUGAAGAAGACAUUGAAAGGAAGUUUGGUAUUUCAGAAGACAAAGAACGAUUUGACAUGUCGAAAAUUACUUUAGAAAUGUACAGAAAAAGAAGAGAUCCAAGAUUGAGUAUAAGAAGAACAGCACAAGAAAAGAAAUUCUUGGCAAAUAGACCACUUCCCGAAACACCAAGAGAAAUUGCAGUAAAACGUGCAAAAGGUAAAAAUUUACUUACUUAUACUCGUAGAGAUGAUAAUGAAGAUCCCAUUUACGAUGAAAUAGAAAGUAGAAACAUCUUUAGUAGAAUGUUUCAAAGUUUUAGAAGACGAAGAUAA